CACGCGCCUGGCCUGCCAGUGGUACCGUGGACGUGGCGCGCGUUGGCUGUACAUCCUCUUUAUCCUGCCUCAUUUGUGUCAUGGGCCUCUCAUUUACCCCAUCCUGAGUGCCAGGCCCCACCACCUGACUCUCAUCAUUGCCGUGGAUGUGUUUUGGAUGCUAUAAAAUUUUCGGCCUCGACACCAGAGGCUUCAACAUUUCGGUAUUGGCCAAGACUUCUAAAAUUGGAAUCGGUGAAGAUAUCUAAGCUGUGAUGGGAUUUUAGGCCCAUUUCCACACCCCGUGUGCUUGUGAGACGCGACCCCCUGGUGUGUGUGUGUGUGUGUGUGCUGCACCUCACGCUAUGAGAGUGAACCAGCGGUCAAGAUGAUGAGCGUGGAUAGCGUUGAAGGCGACAAGUCACUAAGGUGCUGCCAAUAUGCUGACGUGCCCCAACUGCCACCAUGUGCUGGCAGCCCACUCCUGCUGUGGGAUGACUUUACUACCACCCUCCCUGCAGCACUGCCCGAGUCCACCAUCCAACACUGCCUCCCUGGCCUCGGCGCCUCCCGGUACCCUCUUCAUGGGUUCUUCUCUAGGCCCUGUUUCCUUCAGUGUCGGCAGCACACACCAGCCAUCACCACUGGCUACACCUCAUGUCAGUGGACACAUGUUCCAUUUUCCCUCUGUACAGAUGGCAAGUUCUGUAGUUUGUCCCAGUCAGUGCCACAUGGCAUGUCACACGACGGCGCACACGCAGGGGACCUGCAGGGGGGCAUGCAGUGGAAUGUGGAGGUGGCCAGAUAGUGGAGGUCAGAUGUCAGCUCAUACGGUAACGACACGCAUGCACACAUCUGGAGGGGGCAUAGUUGAUGAGAGUGCAGGUAUUAAGAGGACUCUGGGAGACAUCCGAGACAGUUUCAGCAGUGUGAGAGAUUGGGAUGAUGAUCAUGUGUUGAGUGCAACAAGGCAAGCUCUAGCAAAGAGUGGAUGGUAUUGGGAGCGGUUAUCUUGGCGUGAAGCAGAAACACUGUUACAGAGCACCAGCUUAGGCACUUUUAUUGUUCGGGACUCUGCAGACACCAGGUUCCUCUACUCACUCAGUGUUCAGACAGAACGCGGGCCCACUAGUGUUAGGAUCCACUACACUGGUGGCAAGUUUCGCCUUGACUGUGAGUCACAUAUGGCUUCAAAAGUCCCCGGAUUCUCCCAUGUCAUCACCCUUAUUGAACAUUACAUUCGAUUAAAUCGAAAGCUGCAGAGGCAUGUCUGGGUUGAUGCAGAGGGUAAAAUGUACUCCCCAAUCACAAUUAGGCAACCUUUCAAACGGACAGUUCCAACUCUCAAGCAUCUGUCUCGCUUGGCGAUCAACCAGUCAUUUCACCGCUCAUAUAGUACUGUAUGCCUCCCUCCAGCUUUAUCUCAGUAUAUUAAUGAGUACCCUUUCUGGUGCUAGUGAUGGAAGGGGAGUUUUCGGCAAGUUAAUUCUGACUUGCUUCACAAGUGCAGUACUAACAAAGUCCUUGCCAUUCUGCCAAAUGUUCUGGGAUAUCAGUGGGGUUAUCUGGAGCAGUUAUUUAAAAAAAUAAAGGAUGUUCAAAGGGAGUUUAUGAAGCCUUUGAUUAUUGACGAUUAAAUUGCCACACUCAUUCAGUCAAGAAAUCUUAAUUUAAGGGCAGCAACCAUGGUUCAAAUUAGUUUUGCACCAACUGAACACUGAAUGUCCAGUUAAAGUUAUCAAGGAUAGCAUCAUGACCAAACUAAUUAUUAUAAGACUAUCAUAAAACCUGCAAGAUACCCAGGGUUUAUCAUCCUAGUGGAGCAAUCGAUUUUCAGUUUUCAUCAUCUUCAGAGAUGCUAUUGUCUUGUGAAUGGUAAAUGUGUCCAUUAAUCAUUGAUCAUCACUUUCAGAGCCAUUCUAUUUAAAAUAAUUGCUCGAAAAGAUUUUAUAUAACUUUUAGACUUUUUGAUCUUGUUAAUUUUUAAAAAUGGACAAAAAGAUAACUGAAGUUGUAGUAAACCAUAUAUGAUUUCCAUUAAUAAAUGUCACAUGUGUGAAGACUUACUGCAGUUCACAUUUGUUUAGUGACUUUACAAUAUUCAGGGAUUUGGAAUGUGUGUAUGCCAAUGAUCUGAGAGGAGACCUUCUUUCCAAUAAGUUUAGGAUAGUUUUGUCUUUACAUGGCACUGUAAGAGCUUCCAAAUAAAGUUAAUAGGGUUCCAUUUAAGUUAAGCUUUGUAUAUUGUAUUUAAAAAAAAUAAUUUUUGCAGGCGUGUUUUAACACACUUUUCUUAUAUACUUUAAUUAAAUUUGUAUUCUUAAGAUUGAAUUAAUGUACUGUACAUUUUUCAAUUAAAUAUCUUGAGCACACAGUAUAGGUAUAAAAAUUACAGUACAUUCCCAAAUCAUUUGUUUCAUGUUUGGUAAUAAAAAUUCUAAGUAUAGCAAGCAACAUGAAGGAAAAGGGAUGUUUUAGUGCAAAUGUUCAUGAUUUGGUGAAGUACAUUUGUAAUUAAUUAUUUGGAAGGGUUCAUCUCCACCCUAAGCAUUUUUUAUAUUAAAUGCAAUGGUUGAUCUAAAUGUUAGUCUUGAAUAAUUAAUUAGGUUUUCAUCCGAUAUUUCUGUUUAUUACUAAACCAUAAGGAAGCAUUAAGAGCAAUUCUAGUGCCCUGACAUUUAGUUCUGUGAAGGAAAAGUUUAUAUCUGAAGAGAAGUGUCUUAUGGUAAAUAAUAUCCCCUUUCUACUCUUAAAUUUGUGUGUUUUUGUUUUUCUUUCAGUACAAAAAUUGAUCGAGGAAACUAUUUUCUUGGAGACAGACUUCUUAAAAAUGUAGUUGCCAAUGACUUAAAAAACCAUAACUUUGUAGUAUUUUUUGCCUUCUGACAAGUUAGAUAUGGUUAAUAUAUUUAAUAUUUUUCGAAAAGCUUUUGUAAAUUAAUCAGUUUGUAAAUUAUUGCAUGAAAUAGAUUUGUUAUUUUUCUUACCAUGCAGAAAUCUUGUCUCUGUUAAUGCUUCCAUUUUCAUGCUUGUAUAUAGUCUUGUGAAGAAUUCAGUUAUGAUGUAAUGUAAAUAGGUAGACUUCCUAUGGACUGAACAUAUCCAGUUUUUCAAUAUACUGUACUGUACUGUAAUGGUAAUGUCAAAAGUAAUAACUUUCUAGGAUUUUUUAACCAUGUGGAAAUUUCUUUAUAGGCAUUGAUGACUACACCAUAUUCAUUAUUUUUAAAUACAUGUCAAUCUCGUAUAGGCUUAGAUAAUCUGAAUGAACUUGCAUCCAUUUAUGAGGUGCCAAAUCCAAGAGAAUUUAGUUUUCUUACAACUAAUGAGAUGUCAUGUGUCCACAUGAGUAGCAUGAGGUCAUGUGUCCCUCUGAGUAGCACUUAUGUCUGUUUCCCCCCCCCCUUUGUGUACAGUGUCCUGGGAUAGCUAAUAUGUAAAUACUGUAUACUCCAUCUUCUCUUUUUAUUGUAAGAUAAUCAUCAUGUUAUGCUUUUAUAUUUAUCUGUAUUUUUGUAGAUUUCGUAGUUGAUCAAGUAAUGUGUGUGAGCACAUUAGGGAUGGAGGGACCAGACUGUCCACGAUAGAGAUCCUGACUUGGCAUAAAGCAGCUGCCACUAGAAUCAUUUCUUGUUAUUUAUACAGGGUUAUGUAAAUACUAAUUUAAUUUGUCUAUAAAUAAACUCUUCCAUUUUUACAUAAUAUUGAUAAAAUGAUUAUUGCUAGACAUUUCUUCUUGCAGUAAUUUUGUGAAUCAUAACCACAUGCCUGCUAAUAUAAGGUACACCACAAACCAGUAUUAAAUGCCUCUCUACUAUCGGUAGCAUGAUAUCAGCAUCUAUUGAACAUCGGGAAGAUUAAAUGAUACGUCUUGGCCUCCAAGUGAUAAAAUUCGAUAACUUGAAUUAAGCAAGUAAAUGCUGCACUUAGCUCGGUACCACAAAGAAAGCUAAAUUUGCCAGCUUUCCUCCUCUGCAUUAGAAGUGGCUGAAUAUUUCACAAAAAAGGGAUUUUACUUUCUGGUAUUAUGUCUAAGAUAUGAUGCAUGAAUAAUUAGAUUUAACCUUUAACAGAUUAUGCACGAUGUUAUCCUUUAUACAAAUUUCUUUGCCAUUAGUUGAACUGUAUUAGGCAUCAAUUUACCCAAUUAAAGUGCAGCUGAACAGAUUCUUCUUUCAAACUAUACUCUUGGUUAUUGCUUAGACUGUACAGUGGUACCUCGGCUUAAGAGUGCCCCUGGUUAAGAGUUUUUCGGGUUACGAGCAAGAUUUGCUCGGAAAAUUUGUAUCGGGAUAUGAGGGCUGCCUCAGACUACGAGGGUGUUGAUACGCGUACGGGCUGACUAGAGCAUGGUGGCAUGGUGAUCGCCGCUCAGUUUACCAGUGCUUUGCACACGGUGACUAUCCCGCCUCAAUUAUUCACCCGGGAUUUACAGUGUUUUGUUGGAUAUUUGGCCAUUCGAACAUAAAAGUAGUUAUAUAUCUCGCAAUGGGUCCCAAGAAAGCCAGUGGUAAGGUUCAACUUAAGAAAAUAGUUGAGUAGAGGAUGUCCGUUCCUCGUUAAGAAAAUGUGUGAAGUAUGGGAAGAACUGCAAAGUUUUGUUGAAAA